UUUUUUUAUGGAUGCAGGGGAGUCUCUGAGAGCUGAAAAUGAAAUUUUGAGGCUGCAGAUUGUGCAAAAGACGAAGGAGCUCGAGGUUGAAAAGAUUCGGAGACUUGAACUUGAGUUGCUUCUGAAGAACAAGGAGAACAAGUCCCUGAAGAAGCAGAACAAAGCGUUGAGAGCUGAAAAUGAGCACUACAAGACGACUGCAAAGCCACCAAGAAAUCCAAGGCUGUGCAGGUUCUGUAACAAGUAUGUAGUCGGCCAUGACUACCGCAACUGCCCCGAGAGGUGCGCUUCCGCUUCUUAUGAAGAAGAUGAAGCUGAUGAUUCCAACUAG